GUGUAGCGAAUGAGAUCUGUCGUGGACUGUCUAUCGUCGCAAUUAAUUUCAAUAACAUGUUUUUUUAAAUAAUUUCUCACUCGAGUUUGUGUGUUGUUUCGAUAUAUUUCACUGACUGCUCGCACUGAAAAUGGCGCGAGAGGCGAUUCUGCUUUGCGCCGCGUUGACCGCGUUGUGGAGCGUCGCUGCACAAGCUCAACUACACAACAAGAGCGACGCGAGGUUCGUGCCGAUAGUGAACAAGCAUGGUCGGACGGUGCUGAUCGAAGAGCAAUUGAUGUCGAAGCUCGAUGAGGAGGUGGCCACGUGGCACUGGACGCCAUGGCUGCGCACCAGGACCCAGGAGCUCGAUGGCGUGGUGCAGGCCGUGGCGUGCCCAUCCAGUGACUCCGUGGAGAGCUUCCCGGGUGGCCUAUUCGACGACGAACAACUCCGGCAAGGUGCGUUCAUUCUGUACAUGAUCUUCGGGAUUUACGCAUUCACGUUGCUGGCCAUCGUUUGCAAUGACUACUUUAUCCCCUGUGUGGAGUUGAUAUGCGAAGACUUGAAAAUACCACAGAAUGUGGCCGCUGCGACGUUCAUGUCAGUUGCCACUUCAUGCCCAGAGUUCUUCGUCAACGUGAUCUCAACCUUCUUGACAGAGUCCGACAUGGGGAUAGGAACUAUAGUCGGAUCUGCCAUAUUCAAUGCCCUCGGAGUGGCCGCCAUCGGAGGACUGGCUGCCAUCUCUCCCAUCGUUAUAGAGUCCAGACCAGUGACCAGAGAUGUGUUGAUAUACAUGGUAAAUGUGAGCGUACUGGUGGUGAUUGUGUGGGACGGGCAGGUGGAUUGGCAGGAGGCUAUAGUGCUCGGAGUCCUCUAUGUCCUCUAUUUCAUCUUCAUGUUCAACAGCAUGAGGCUGUUCAAACUUUUUGAUAUUAUCUGCGGCAAAUUAUGCUCCAGGAAAAACAGUUUAACAAUUUCAGAAUCCGACGAAAACAAGAGCGUUGAAGAAGGCGUUGACAAUAAAGCUUUCAAUGGAUCUACGACGAAUGUGAAUGGAACUAUUAACGGUGAAAAAGUUACUGUGAUUGAUAAAGUUCCCGAGACCGAAGUAAAAAAACCGAAGAGCGUGUUUCGAUUCCCCAGUCAGAACUCUCUAAUGUACCGAAUCUGGUGGGUCUACAGCUGGCCGCUGAAGUUUCUGAUGACCAUAACGAUUCCCUCGCCGGUCACCUGCAGGAAAUUCUAUCCUUUGGCGUUCUUCAUGUGCAUAGUUUGGAUUGGAGUUAACUCCUACUUCGUUUCUUGGAGCAUGACUGUUUUAGGUCACACGUUCUUUAUCCCGGACUCCGUAAUGGGAAUGACGUUCUUGGCCUUUGGCGGUUGCUUGCCUGAAGCGUGUUCCAUCUUUAUUAUGUCACGAAGAGGUGAGGGUGGUAUUGGUGUAUCGAAUGCAUUAGGUGCUAACUCAUUGGCCAUCCUCUUUGCUCUGGGAGUGCCAUGGCUCAUCAGGACUUUGACCCUUGUGGCCCAGGGAGCAGAUGACACUUCCGUGCACAUCAAUUCUGCAGGAAUUGACUUUGUAGUCGGAUCUCUUCUGGUUGCCGUGGCGUGCCUGUGGCUCACCCUGCUCAUCGGCAAGUUCACUCUCAAGAAGACUGUCGGUGGCGUCCUCCUGGUCCUCUAUGUCAUCUUCAUCACCUUCGCCAUCCUCGUUGAGAUGGGAAUCAUAUUGGACAGAUCCGAUCUCAGAUGCCUGUGAGCUAAAUUUUAGAGAGACUUUGAAAUGUUUUUGUGUUCUGGAAUAUCAUAAAUCACACACACAAUAAAUUUCUGUGAUUUUAAACGUGUGUGAACUUUGAAGAGAAUUAAGUAGGUGCGUAGUUACGUGAUACUUCGAACCUUAAGAUCGAACGAAAUGUGUUCGAAACGAGCUUUAGAUAGGAUUUUAGUAUUCGGAAACUGAAAAUAAGAGCUUCCAAUUAGAGAAAAUGUGAUAAUGGUAUAGCAUAUACGAUGUAUAGUAAAGCUGGUAGGGCAGUCCGAUGAGAAUCGAUACUGUCAUGUUCUACCUGGUUUAAAUUAAGUUUAGUUGUUCUUGUAUCUGUCUCGAGGAUAAUCUUCCAUGGCAUUGUUGUUAUAGGUACACGCACAGCUAAACUUUGCGUUAAUUAUUAGGUUAAUUUAGGUUGGGUGGUUACCUACCGAUUAGCCAAAACCGACAUUUUGUAUUAUCUAUCCAGUGCUAAAGAUAAAUGCAUUUAUUUCUUAUGUGUAGGCAAAAUAAAUCAUGAUAACUUAA